UCUCCAUGUUGUUUACCUGCAGAAAUCGGUGUCCACGGAUCUCGUCGGUAACUCGUGUCGGUCUGAGCUGAACAUAAUUCACCGUGUCGUUUCUUUAAGUCACGGUUCGGUCUCGUGUCUGUUGACGGUAAACAUGACGUCUGUGGCGGAAGCUCGUGCUGCGCGGCUCCCGGCCGCAGACAACCCGCUGAAGAUGGUUAAAGCCACCGCAGGUGUGAGGAGAGCUGCUCUCGGAGAGAUUACCAACUGUCCUGGAGCAGCAGUCAACACCAAGAGGACCGGAGCGACCAAAGCCAAACCAUCUUGUGCCCAGAAAGUGAAACCUGUGGUGCCUCCAUCAGUCCAGGUCGCAGCACCUGCAGAUCCCCUCCCCCCAGUGUCAGAGGAGUCAGCUGACGUGUCCAUGAAGGAGGAGGAGGAGCUGUGCCAGGCGUUCUCUGAGGCGCUGCUCACUGUGCAGGACGUGGACGAGCAGGACUCAGACCUGCCGCAGCUCUGCUCAGAAUACGUCAAAGAUAUCUACAAAUAUCUGCACGUCCUGGAGGCGCAGCAGGCUGUACGAGCCAACUACAUGCAGGGUUAUGAGAUCACUGAACGCAUGCGAGCUCUUCUGGUGGACUGGCUGGUCCAGGUUCACUCCAGGUUCCAGCUGCUGCAGGAGACUCUGUACCUCACAGUGGCCAUCCUGGAUCGUUUCCUCCAGGUCCAGCCGGUCUCUCGCAGGAAGCUGCAGCUGGUUGGUGUGACCGCCAUGCUGGUGGCCUGUAAAUAUGAAGAGAUGUACGCUCCAGAGGUCGGAGACUUCGCCUACAUCACAGACAACGCUUUCACAAAGUCUCAGAUUCUGGAGAUGGAGCAGCUGGUUCUGAGGACGCUCAACUUUCAGCUGGGACGUCCUCUUCCACUACACUUCCUGAGACGAGCCUCCAAGGUGGCGAAUUCUGACGUAGAGAAACACACGCUGGCCAAGUAUCUGAUGGAGCUGACCCUCCUCGACUACGACAUGGUGCACUACCGACCCUCUGAGGUCGCUGCUGCUGCGCUGUGUCUCUCCCAGCUGCUGGUCGACGGGCUGCCGUGGUCUCCCACUCAGCAGCACUACUCCACUUACGACGCGGCCCACCUGAAGCCCAUCAUGCAGCACAUCGCCAAAAAUGUGGUGACUGUAAACGGGGGGAAGACAAAGUUCCAGGCCGUCAGGAACAAGUACUCGAGCAGCAAGCUGAUGAAGAUCAGCCUCAUCCCUCAGCUGAAGUCGUCCAUCAUCACCAACAUGGCGGCUCCUCUGCUCAACAAUCCUUGAAGCCAGCUUUAAAUUUUAUCAGUGGACAUUUCACUUGCACUUUAUUUUAGAUUGAUCUCAAUCUGUGGAGAAACUUCUAGUUUUUUAAUAAACGUUUUUAAUUUUUCAUCCAAGCUUCGUGGUUUGUUCAGAGAUUUUACCACUUUCGCCUCUUUAUAUCAUGUUUCACUAAAAGUUUAUGGUUCACCAGAUUUUUCUUCACCGUGGCAAUCGAGCCACAACUUCCAAUCAGAAGUUUGAACCGAACCAAAUUCAUUUUUCUCUUGUAGAGUGUUUUGUUGUCUGCGUAUGAUCUGGUUUAUUUGAGCUUUAGUUUACCUCCUGGGUGAAGGAAGUGCCUUAUCUGUGAUUUUAGUAACUGAUGUAAAUCUAUGUCAGUCAUAUCUUUGUUCUCGGGUCAUGUGUUCAUAUUUUGUGCAUAAUUUGAACCUUCAUGUUGUGGCAUACAUGGAAUUCAUGGAUCUUGGACUUUGUCAGAUUUUUCUACUGUUUCAUAAAGUUAAUAAAAU